AUGAGAGGCAAUAAGAAAAUCAUAAAAUUAAGUGAUUUGAUAGAAUUAGAUACAGUUGACUCCUUUUAAGGGAAGGAGAAUGAUAUAAUCAUCUUAUCACUUGUACGAUCUGAUGAUUAGUUAGGCUUUGUUACAGAUAAGAAGAGAACUAAUGUUGCGCUCUCUAGAGCAAGAUAUUGUCAAUAUGUAUUUGGAACUUACUAAACAAUGUCGAAAAACCUAUUGAAUUGGAAUAAACUGUUGAAAGUACUUGAUCCGAAAUCAGAGAUAAUUAAAUAUAAUUAAUAAGAUUUAUCAAACCCAAAUUUCUUUCAAAGCAUAUUAAACGCAGAAUGA